GUCCCUCCCUCCCUCCGUCGCGGACCGCUUGGACUCUGCCUUUCUUCCCGGACGAGGACCGCCGUCCGAGCUCCGAGGAAGCCGGAAACAUCUGGAGAAAAUGACACAUUGGUUUCAUAGGAAUCCAUUAAAAGCCACAGCUCCUGUUUCUUUUAACUACUAUGGCGUAGUCACUAGUCCUGCUGCUUCAAAAAUUUGCAGUGACUUGAGGUCGUCCCGGGCACGGCUGCUUGAAUUGUUCACGGAUUUGAGCUGUAACCCAGAAAUGAUGAAGACUGCGGCCGAUGCGUAUUUUUCCCUUUUACAAGGUUUCAUAAAUUCAUUGGAUGAAUCUAGCCAAGAAAGUAAGUUACGAUAUAUUCAAAAUUUCAAGUGGACCGAUACAUUACAAGGACAGGUUCCAAGUGCCCAGCAGGAUGCUGUCUUUGAAUUAAUUUCCAUGGGAUUUAAUGUAGCUUUAUGGUACACCAAAUAUGCCUCGAGACUGGCUGGAAAAGAAAACAUUACAGAAGAGGAAGCAAAAGAGGUCCACCGAAGCCUGAAAAUUGCAGCUGGGAUUUUUAAACAUUUAAAGGAAAGUCACGUCCCGAGGCUUCUCACGCCCGCGGAGAAGGGGAGAGACCUGGAAGCACGGCUCCUCGACGCUUACAUUGUUCAGUGUCAGGCCGAGGCUCAAGAAGUGACAAUUGCUCGAGCCAUUGAGCUGAAGCAUGCUCCAGGACUAAUCGCCGCGCUGGCCUAUGAAACAGCCAAUUUCUAUCAGAAAGCUGAUCAUACUUUAUCCAGUUUGGAGCCUGCAUACUCUGCUAAAUGGAGAAAAUACCUUCUCUUGAAGAUGUGCUUCUACACGGCUUAUGCUUACUGUUACCACGGUCAGACUUUGUUGGCUAGUGAUAAAUGUGGUGAGGCGAUCAGGUCUCUCCAAGAAGCAGAAAAAUCCUUUGCAAAGGCAGAAGCGUUAUGCAAAGAAUACGGAGAAACCAAAGGACCUGGGCCAACAGUCAAGCCUUCGGAACACUUGUUCUUCAGGAAACUUGGAAGCCUUGUGAAGAACACCCUAGAGAAAUGCCAGAGAGAAAAUGGGUUUAUUUACUUUCAAAAAAUUCCAACAGAAGCCCCACAGCUGGAACUCAAAGCAAAUUACGGCCUGGUGGAGCCCGUGCCUUUCGAAUUUCCUCCUACAAGUGCGCACUGGACCCCGGACACACUGGCUGCAUUUGACCUCACCAAAAGGCCCAAGGACGACAGUACCAAACCCAAACCGGAAGACGUGAGGCCCGUGAAAGAACCAGACAUCAAACCUCAGAAGGACACGGGGUGCUCGGUCUCCUAAAUGCAUCGCCCCCGGUGUAUGGGAGCCGCUCGCUAGUGGACGAGAUAAGCCAUGGACUUCCGUCCACAUUUCUUGAAAUGAUUUCUCCGAAGCCUGUAGAAUAAUGUAGUCCAUUCAGAGGGAAUCGGCCUUCAGUGUAGUUGUUAGAUUUUUAAUAUACUGAGGCUUCAUGCUUUGUCUCCACAUUUCUUCUUAACCAGGACAACAUGGGGAAGACUUGAUUCUGCUCUGAAGAGUGUAUCUAAGGGUUGGGUGUUGUUUUUAUUUUUUUCCCCCUCAUGCUCUGGGCAGUAAUAAAUUACAGGUUAAUAGUAUAGGCCAGAGUCACGUGGUCAUGGGCAUGUUUUCUCUCUUUACAAAAAACAUAUUUUCCUGCCUUUUAAUUGAUACCAGCAGAAUGACAGGAGUCUGUUUUCACAGACAGUGUUCCCUUCACCAUUCUGUUCAUUGUAGCACAGAUUUAGGUUCUGAAUUAGUUACCUUUUCCGCUGGGAAAAAAAGUCACUUAGACUUAAAGGUUAGAAAAUGUUUAUACCCAACCCCUGACGAUCGAAUCUAUAAUUUACUAAAAAUCAGUGUUUGCAGGAUGUUGAGAUCACUUAAGGACUUCUGCUCAGGCAGCCGUGCACCUCGUCUGUACCUGUAAACUUUCAGCGGUUUUGACGAGUUCCUUUCUAAUGGGUUUUUCACUUCCAGGGCAGAACUUGGCAAUAGCUCGUAUGUUUCUGUGCGAGGGGAGCCAGAACGAAAAGGUUUUUGAAGAAAUCAGAUGUUGCAUGGUGUCGAGAGAAACUUUGAACCUAAGGGGAGGGUUGUCCCGAAUUACACUGGUCACUCCACUUCUUUGUUAGGGAAGUUAGAGUAAAAUGCUUUGGUUACCUGGGUCGUGUACCUUGCUAUUAUGUGAUUUUCAGAUACACAGGAUAUGUGUUGCUUUAUGCCAGAGGCCAGAGCAAAAACAGAACACAACAACAGAUUCAGUAUGAUCUUAACAAUAGUUUGUAGUAUUUGAAACCAUUUCAUAUGUACAUAGACUUGGGAUAUAGUGGAUGCAUACACCUGUAGGUUUAUCUUUUGAUUAUUCUCUGGGGGCAUUAGCUGAUUUUCCUAUUAUAAAUGGGCUGGCUCACUUAAUAAUAAGAGCAGUAUAUGUUGGAGCUUACUACAUGCCGAGCCCUGCACCGAGCACUUCCAUAGAUAAACCCUUGAACCCACACCGCAACUCUGAGAAAUAGUAAACUCUGCAUAGAGUGUUGAAAUAGGAAUAAACAUUUCAUUAUGAAGAAUAGAUUAUGCCUGUUUGAAUCAAUAUUGUGCUCAAAUAAGUGAUUACUAAAAUCAUAAUUUACACUCUUGAAACCAGCUACCUAGGAUCAGUGUGUUUAAAAAAAAAUAUAUGGAAUGCCACCAGAAGUAACAUGGAAAUGCUCCUUGCUGUCAAACGUUUUGAAGCUGCUGUUUGCAGAAUACGUAGAGUAAUAACUGAACAGACAUCACAUUGUAGUUUGCUGUCUAUAGAAACUAUUUUAAUGAAAUUCGCUGCAUUGUGAUCACAAAGCCAUUCGCCUGUUCUCUGUACACCAGUAGCUGACAGAGCUGAGCUGUCCUCAUUACAGCUUAUGGCUGGGCCCGGAGGGUCAGCUUAUCGUAGAUGCCAUGCUUAUUAACCAAGCUCCUAGUUCUCACGUUCACAUCGUGUGCAUCAUGCUACCACACACGGCAUGAAAGCAUGUAGUACGCUCAGUGCUUCUGUGAUACGCAGUUUAGUCCCUCACUGGCAACUUUGACUUAAGCAGGUAAACAUUCUGUUGACCCUGCAAAGGUGACACUUUGUGGCUGAAAUAUCCCCUUUAUCAUAUUGUUUGAAAUAGUGUUGGGAACUUGGGGAAGUUGAGGAAUGUAAAGAAGUUGCAUGAAGGUUCUAGAGAGGGAACUAUUUGCAUUAACUGUUGCAGACACUUCAUACUUCACUUAAAGCGGAUAAUGACAGCUAACAUUCUACUGGAAGUGCUGUUUGUAUAAUGAAUUAUCUUUUUAUUUAUGGAAAUAAAAGUAAUUUUACUUACAGUU